AUGAUAGGCCCUGUUGUUCGAAUCACACCUAAUACGCUGCACUUUCGCAAUCCUCAAGCCUUCCACGAUAUCUUCUCGCCGCAGAAUAAGACAGUCAAAGAUCAAGAAUUUUACCAUCACCUUGGUCUACCCGACUCAUCGUUUAGACUUGAAGGCGAAGAGCACGCUGCGCGAUUGAAGCUUAUGUCCCCACUUCUCGGCCGCAAUCAUAUGGAUGAUAUUCAGACUAUUGUUCGUCGCAAUGUACAACGAUUCUGUGACCUGCUGCAAUGUAGCAUGGGAAAUGAGAAGCCCAUUGAGCUGGCAUUGGGAUAUCGUGGCUUGGCAUUGGAUAUAAUUAACGAGUUCAUAUUUGCUGUCAUUCCCGACAACCUCCGGGGACUUGAAAACGAGAAGUUUCGUAAUCCGCUCUCCAUGUCAACGUAUUACAGCUUCGACUGGACAAUGUGGCUCAUGAGGAACUUCCCUCUUACCUGCCAUUUCCACGACUUUGCCAGUUACCUUCCCUCCAGUCUCAAAUUCAGUUAUGACCAACGGAACGUGAUGACAGAGUUAAUGACCAAUCUUCUGCACUAUAACCUUUCCUCCCCUGAGAUGAACGAUCGAGCCACUCUUAUUGGUAACAUGACGAAGCCAAGCAGUGCAAGGAAUGGCAAACCGCUCCCAGAAUCAGCUCUCUUAGAUGAAGCAAUCGGAGUCAUGCAUGGUGGAGUGCUUGAUAUCUCCAACGUUCUGCCUUACGGGACUUUCCACUUAGCUCAAGAUCCCGAAGCACAGCAGAAGCUGUAUGAGGAGCUCAAGGGGGUUUGGAAGAACCCAGCCGACCCAAUUCCAGACCAUGAAAUCCUCCGAAAUCUUCCCUAUUUGAAAGGCCUAGUUAAGGAAACCCUUCGUUUCACACACGGCGUCAUUUCCGGUAUGCCUCGUAUUGUCACAGCCAACGGUGCUCAGAUUGAUGGAUAUUCCAUUCCACCUGGGACCAUUGUUGCCACCACUUCCGUCUAUGUUCACAUGGAUCCGACUGUCUUUUCAAACCCUGAACAAUUCUCUCCUGAGCGCUGGGCAAACGGUGAUCCCCAGCUCGAGAGAUCUCUUGUUCCGUUUUCAAAGGGACGGAGAAUGUGUCCUGCACAAAAUAUAUCAUACAUGGAGAUUUCUGCCGCAUUCGCUGCUGUGUUUCGCAGGUUUGAGGUUUCGCUGUACGAAACAACGGAGGAGGACAUGAAGUACAAAGCGUAUGCUUCUAUACACUACACUGGCCGACCCUUGAGAGCAACGCUCAAGCCUAGACUUGAUUAA